AUGAGGAAGGAAGGCUGCCCGGUAUCAGCUAAAAUGCUGGAGCUCAAGGCGCUUGAAAUUGCCGCAGACGCUGGUAUUUCUAGCGAAAGCUUCAGCGCUUCGUAUUCAUGGAGGCGGCGAUUUAUGCGUAAGCACAAGCUUUCUGUACGUGCGCGGACGCGACAGGGCCAAACCACUCCCGAGGAUGAUGUAGCAGCGAGGACCAAAUUUCGUGGAGAAGUUGGGGCGGCUAUCGUUGAGCACAACAUCAUACAGGUCUUUAACCCGGACCAGACAGCUGUGUUCUUUGAAUACCUACCUCGCAAGACUAUCACCACGCGAGGUGAGAAGACUGUAUGGGUGGAGUGCAGCGGCAAAGAUAAGGAGCGAGCAACAGCAAUGCUUUUGGCAGAUCGGCACGACAACGAGCGGGCUCCCUUCCUGGUGUUCAAGGCCGGUGUUUCCCGUCAUCGACAUGUACAAGAAGAAAACGAUUCUAAAUGGCAUGGCUUUGGCGUCCGCUUGUGGAAAGAGAUUGCUCCUCUUCAAGCGAAGCAUGACUGCCAAAUCUAUGGGAACCCUAUUGCCUGGUGGAAUACCGACAUCUCGGUUAAGUUCUUGGACUACCGAGACAACAUGCAUGGGAAGAUCCUCCUUCUGUGGGAUGACUUCUCGGGACAUUGGACCGAAUAG